AUGAUUAAUCAAGGACGACAAUUAUGUUGUCGUUAUAAUACCGAUGGUGUACCAAUGAUUGGUAUUGGAUAUCACCUUACACGGAAUGAUUCUGAAACAAUCAUGUUAAUGUAUAAUUUGACACUUUCAAAUGUUUUAAGUGAUUGCCAAAGAAACACAAGUAAAUACUGUCUGACAAAUGAUCAAGCUGAAGAAAUUUUGAAUAGAAUUUCCUAUCAAGAAGCUACACAAUGUGCUAAUGAGUAUGUUCCUAAUUUACCUUCAAUGAAACGAAACGCAAUUAUUGAUGUAGCUUUUACUAGUUGUCGAACAUUGAACACAUUUCGUAAAACGAAAAAAGCAUUACAAAUGACGAAUUGGACAGAGGCUGCAGAAGAAUUGAAAGAUUCAAGGUGGUGCAGUCGAAUAAGACGACGAUGUAAUAAAGAUUAUAACUGUAUUCGUAACAAUGGUAAUUCUCUGAAUCAAUUCAUUAAUAUUUUGUAA